GAGAACUAAACUUCUGUUGAAUGAGAAAGACAUCUUACACCAUGGAUGGAUUCUGCCUUCUCUAUCUGCUCCUGCUUCUCUUGAUGAGAUCUGGUGACGUUGAAACCAAUCCAGGACCUAACACUGCAGAAAGUACUGUCAGUGAUAUGGAGUUCCUGAAGCUGGCCCAUGAUAUCCCUCCAUCUUACUACGAUGCUGUAGGGAUAUCUCUUGGGAUCCCCUCAGCUCAGAUACAGGCAAUCCUGAUUCAGAUGUCGAAUAACUAUUCCAAUGCAUUUUUGCGAGUAUUCAUGAAAUGGAAGGUCAAGCAGCAACCUCCACAUUCAAACAGACGACAGCUUUUGGCAGACGCACUUCGAGAGAUUGACUUGGGUGGCCUAUCGGACAGAUUACUCAAUGAACCUCUAAUUCCAAACAGCACAGGAGGGCCAUCAAGACUGCUCCAAUCACAGACCAAACCUCCUUUAGCUGAAUCUCAGACGAACCUACUUUCUCCUGAACUGGUUGAGCGGUGUACAAAUGACAUCAAGUUCAAGUAUAGGUCAACUCUCUGUAAGAUCAGAUCUGAUCCUCUCAAUCCUGCUUCCACUGUCCAGUUUGACGAUAUGUAUACUAAUCUUGUCUUACUAGAAGAACAUGGGACAGACAAGCGAGUGCUAGAUUACAAUGAUAUCCUUGAUCUCAAAGUCAAUGGAGAGUUCCCCAAGAGGAUCAUGGUUCAGGGAGAGGCAGGGGCUGGAAAAACUACAUUCUGUGCUAAGAUUGCCUGGGACUGGGUUGAAGGGAGGCAUUUCAGUCACUUUGUAUGGGUCUUGAUAGUUCCUCUACGUGAAUUUAAGCAACACACUAUUGGCAAGAUUGUAAAGUCUUAUCUGGCCAAAAACAAUCCAGCAACAGUUUCUCAGAUUACUGAGUAUAUCCGGUCGAAUCCUGACAAGGUAUUCAUCGCAUUCGAUGGGCUAGAUGAAGUCAGUGGCAAAAUCAUGAAGACAAAAUCUUGUGACGAACAGCCUACUGAUCAAAUGCAACUUCAGCCAUCACAACCAUAUGUUACCUCCUCAGAGGCAUGUGGAAGUUCAUCUGAGACUGGUGAUAUUGGACUUGUAGAGAUUCUUUGUUCAGAUCAGCUUGCCUCUUGCCCAGUCUUGGUGACCACUCGCCCAUGGAGAGCAGUAGAAAUUAGAUCAGAUGGUGAUCUAAUGAAGCUCUACACAUUCAUUCGUGUUGAGGGUUUCAACAGAGAGAAUUUGUCAGUUUACAUUCACAAAUACUUUCCAAAGAAAGAUGAUAAAGCAAAUCAGCUUAUCCAGUUCACCAGUGAGAAUGAUGUCAUAUCUGAAAACAUGGCCCACUAUCCUAUAUAUGUAGCCAUGUUGUGCCUUAUGUGGAAAGAACUUGACGAGCAAAAACUAAAGGAAAUUAAAUCACUGAAAUCUUUUUCUCAGAUAUUUAAAGAAAUGAUUGCCUUUCUGAAAGAACAUUAUGCUCAGAAAAAGGUGAAGAAAGUAGGCAGCCCCUCAUUUCUUUCCUAUUUGAAAAAAAUUGAUGAGCUCCUUGGACCGAUUGCCAAACAGGCCCUCAAUGGUCUGCUAGAAAAUACCUUGAUUUUCGGUGAAGAUGAUUUCCAAAUAUGCCCAGAAUCCAAGGAAACUGCCUGUAAGGUCGGGAUUUUGUCUCAGGAGGACAGAAUUACCACUAGCAUCGACAUACAUAAGAGGGAUGCUCAUGUGCAAUUGCCAGUCUUCUUCCCUCACAAACUGUUUCAGGAGUACAUGGCUGGAGUCCAUCUCGCUUCCCUGUAUGAAUCAGAUCGUAAUGAAUUCAAUAGGCUGAUUGAGCUAGUAGUGCUGCCAAGGAAGCAGGAGUUUAGGUAUCUCCUGUACUUCACUGUGUCACAAAACAAAAGUAUUGCAACCCAUGUACUGAACCCUAUGCUUCAGGGACUAGAGGUAAAUAAUUUUUUGGACACAACGGUAGAUGUAACUCUAAGUGGAGAGUUACCUUUCAUUGUUGAUGUAGCCUUCGAGAGUCAAGACCCAGAUGUAGCAGCCUUGGUGAGGGACAAGGUUUCAUCAAAUGCAAUUGCACUGACCGUAUCCGCUGAUAUGACAGCGCACACUGUAGCUGGUUAUGCUUUCAUUGGACCACAUGUGGUUACCCUCUGUAUUAAGAGAAAUUGUGGACCUACUAUGUCACUGGAUGUGGCAGAGAUAAUAUGCUCCAUGCCAUCUUUGAAGGAAGUUUCUCUACAAAGUGCAUUCCAUCAUUGUUUUUUUGAAACACUUGCAAGGAAAGGAAAAGAAUCAAAGGUCCAGACUGUCAAGCUUGAUGGGCUCCAUUGUCCCACAGUAGCCUCAUUACAUCUCCUAGCAGAAGCACUGUGUUAUAUGCCCAACCUGACUGACCUGACACUUGAUAGUAAUCUCACUGGGGAGUUCUAUUCUGCAUUGAAAGCAAAGGCAUCAUCCAUACAGGUCCAGACUCUCAAGAUUGAUGGUUUCCUGUGUUUCGAACCAGCCUCUUCACAUCGCUUUGCAGAAGCACUGUGUUCUAUGCCAAACCUGACUAAACUGACACUUAGUGGGCGUAUCUAUGAGGAGUUCUACUCUACAUUGAAAGCAAAGGCAUCAUUCAUACAGGUAUGUGUGUCCUAAUGUAAAUGUCAUGGAGGGUCAUUGUAUGACAGAAACAGCAGUAAAAGUUGUAAAGUGCACAUGUAUAUAUGUUUUUUUCUCCAAACACCCUUUUUUGAAGGCCAUUCACUCUGUAUAUUGGAACAGUCAUGAAACAUUGAAUUAAAGCAAACUACACAUGUACUCAUUCAAUUGAAAUUCAAAUGUUUGAAAGAUUGACAUUGUUCUGAUCAAUAAUCAAUAUCUAACCUUUCCCAAGUUUAAUUGAUAGUAAAAAAAUAAGUCAUUUUUUUUAAGAGCCAAUU